AUGAUUAAUGAACGUGAACAUAUGAUGCAUCGUCGUUCACGUAGUAUGGAUAGUAUACAUCAACGAAGUCGAAGAUCAUCAUAUGAUCAUAAUUAUCAAGAAAAUAAUAAUAUUAAUAAUAAUAAUAAUAAUAAUAAUAAUAAUAGUGAUGAUGAGAAUGAUGAUGAUGCCGAUUAUAAUGAAUCAGAUUCAAGUGUUACACGAAUAUUUAAACGACGUAUGAGAAAGAGAAAACGACAAUAA